AUGGCUGCAGUGCAAGAGGCGCGACGUGAACCUAUUCAGGCCGUCCAGGUUUUCGGCCGGAAGAAAACGGCUACUGCAGUGGCUUACUGCAAACGAGGUCGUGGAGUUCUCCGUGUAAAUGGCCGCCCAUUGGACCUGGUUGAGCCCCGUCUGCUUCAAUACAAACUGCAGGAGCCCAUCCUACUGCUCGGCAAGGAGAAAUUCUCCGGUGUCGACAUCAGAGUUACAGUGAAGGGUGGUGGUCAUGUUGCACAGGUCUAUGCUAUCAGACAGGCCAUCUCAAAGGCUCUUAUUGCCUUUUACCAGAAAUAUGUAGAUGAAGCAUCCAAGAAGGAAAUUAAGGACACCCUUGUCCAAUACGACAGGAGUUUGCUAGUCGCCGAUCCUCGUCGCUGCGAGCCCAAGAAGUUUGGUGGUCCAGGAGCUCGUGCCAGAUACCAGAAAUCUUACCGUUAA